GCGCAUAUUAACUUUGGGGUUAUGGGGAGCCAUGGUCACCCAGUCUUAUCGCCAAAGGUAAUUGUGAAUGUCUGGCAGGGAAUGACGUCGGAUUCGGGUAAUUUCAUGACCCCCUAUUUUUGCUUCUCCUCCCUCUUUACAAGUUUUAAUUCCUUCUUUUGCUGUGCUUCCGUCGUGUGGCAUCGGGUCCCUUUUUGUCCAUCGCAAUAUCUCUGGCUUCCAACCCCCGCCAGCUGUGACACGAGGUCUGCCUUUUUGCGAGCGGGUUACUCUGCACUCGGAACGCAACAUGUUGCUGCCUCUGGGUCUUCUCUACCUCGCGUCCUUGGCGACCGCGCAGGGCGAGACGGGAAACAACCCUGGGUGGCCGCGGUGGUGCGGUAAGGUCUACAAGCCGGGCUACCCGAGCUUCGAGCCAGGCGGUGAAACGGUCGCACCGCCCGAGGUCCCCGGCCCGGCGCAGCUGCACGUUCAGUUCAGACCGCGGUACAAUCUCUACCUGGACAACGAGGCCGAGGGCCACUUUGUAGUCAACGCCGAGCUGUCGCGACACCACGGAUCGCCCCUGGACGAGUCCCGGCAGUCGCCCGGGACGGCGGUGGCCUUCUCCAUCACGCUUAACUCGACGGGGGCCGAGCUGGCGAGCGGAAGCGUGGCCGUCAACUCGACGCGCAACCUCGUCCCGUUCGACCUGUCGGGCGUGCCGACCAGCCUCGCGCCGCAGCUGGCGGUGCUGCGGGCCACGGUGGCCGGGCAAGCCCAGGCCUACGUAGCGACGGCGGAGCUGCUCCGCCUGCCCGACAAGCGGCGCGGCAGCGUGACGCGCAUCGACAACCUGGGCGGGGGCCUGCAGUUCCGCAACAGCGCGUCCAACCACACCUUCGGGCCGCUGCUGCCGUACGGCUACUACGCCUCGUACGACGGGUUCCUCCGGCUAAACGACACGGGCCCGGUGCGGCGCUACGCCGACCUCGGCCUCACCGCCAUGACGCCCCUGACGGUCUGGGCCGAGGGCGGCGACAAGCUGCGCUACAUGGACGACAUCGGCCUGCCCUUCAUGUACAGCCUGCGCGACGGGUACCGCAACCUGACGUACGUGGCCGAGAGCGUCGCGCCCGUCGUCGACUCGGAGGCCCUGUACGCGUACUGGACGGCCGACGAGCCCGACGGCUGGCAGCACCCGUUCGCCGCGCCCGCGCGCGCCCGCGACGUCGUGCGCGCCCUGGACCCCUACCACCCGGUCGCCGUGACGCUCAACUGCCAGGACUACCACUUUGGCGAGUACGCGGGCGAUGGCGCCGCCGACGUGGUCAUGGAGGACGUCUACCCCCUCAUCGCCAGCGCCACCUUCUCCAAGUGGGGCACCGAGUGCAACCGCACCUACGGCGACUGCGGCUGCGACAACUGCGCCGGCGGCGUGCGCGACGUGGCCCGGCGGCUCGACGACCUGGCCCGCCACGAGCGCGCGCUCGGCCGCUGGCCAAAGCCAAAGUUCCACAACACCCAGUCCUUCUCGGGCGAAGGCUACUGGCCGCGAGACCCGACCCCGGCCGAGUCGUGGGCCAUGAACGUGCUGGCCUUCAACCACGGCGCCACCGGCAUCGUGGCCUGGGUGUACCCGGCCUCGGACGUGCUGGCGGCCGCGCACGGGCGGCUCUCGCGGGUCGUGGCGUCGCCGCCCGUCGUCGACUUCCUGGUCGGCGGCGGCGACAACGGCGGUCCGCACCCCGUGGCGGUGCCGGGGCUCGGCGCCGACGAGAUCGACGUGGCGUACUGGACGGCGGGCGGCGGCGGCGGCGGCGAUGGCCGGCUGCUCGUCGCCGUCGUCAACCCCAGCGCGACGGACGACCGGGUCGGCGACGUCGUCGUCCGCCUGCCCCGCGCCGCCGCCCGCAUCGACGCCGUGCCAUGGGGCAGCCCGGAGCUGUGGGUGCUCGCCGACGGCGGCGGCACGCUGCGCGCCGCGGGCAACUUCUCGGCCAUGUCCACGGCCAUGAUCCUGCUGACGCUUGCGUAGCCAUGUUCCCGACCCGCCGGACUUGGAGGUGGGGUUUCUGCGAGCGGUCGGUUGUUGCCUGCCGACGUGGCAUUGGAAAAUUCAGCGGGGAGCAUAUGUAGCGCGAUGUGUAUGUUCCCGAUAAUUUCCUGGCCGGGAAACUCAUGGGGUAAAAAAGUUGUGCCUCCGGCACGACAGCCGCUAGCGAGGUUUGAUACAAAGGGCCUUUGUCAAAGGUUCUUCCGAGAUCCCAGCAAGUCCUCAUCGUGUGUUGCCAUAAAGUGAUAUAGAGAAACGACGCCUCUCCUCUAGCAUACUUUCCUUGUCACUCCUCAACACAGCUGUCACAAGAGUCAGCGUAUGCCUCUCUGGCCCUGAGUAAUCUGUUUGAUCACUUGUCAUCGAGGUAGUUCUAUCUUGUCCUUCACCAUCCCUUUUACUCACCCUAGGGAGAUCUCCCAUGCCGCACCCGUGGUGUCAUCUAUCGACUUCCUGUCCCUUUGGAAGCAUGCACCUCCUGACG